AUGAGAUUGUAAAAGGAAGGUGAAGUACAACAAAAAAAAUACAAAGAAGAAAGAGUACAUGCAUAAUUGAAACAAUUAUCAGCAUCAUUAGGGAGAGUCGAUAAGUAUACAACAUUGAGAUCAUUCAAGCAUAUGAUAUCAAAUGAUAGUGUGAAGACAUCCUUAAGGGUUUAUAUUUUUGCAGGUUUGAUCAACAGGAGCGAUUGUUGAG